CUCCAUUCUCCCAACCACCCAAAUUCCCUCGUCUUCUUCGCUCCUUACAGUUACCAUUUCCCGCUGACUCUCACUCCCCCACACUCUUCUCAACUCUCUCUCUCUACACUCUCCAUUUUCUCAUCUCUUAAAAAAACUCCUUCAAUCCCUUCUCCCCUUUCCUCUUCACCAAUCUGUAAAUUACUAGACCAGGAAGAAGAAGAAAACAGAGGAAACCCCUUUCCCUCCGGGAACUCGCCCUCUCUCCCUCAGAUGGAUAGGUACCAGAGGGUGGAGAAGCCCAAGGCUGAAACCCCAAUAAACGAGAAUGAGAUCCGAAUCACUACUCAAGGCCGCAUGCGGAAUUACAUCAGUUAUGCCACCGCGCUUCUCCAGGAGAAAGGGUCGAGUGAGAUUGUGCUUAAAGCAAUGGGCAGAGCUAUCAAUAAGACUGUGAUGAUCGCCGAGAUAAUCAAGAGAAGGAUUGUUGGUCUGCAUCAGAUUACCGGUAUUGGAUCCACUGAUAUAACUGAUACUUGGGAGCCACUAGAAGAAGGCCUUCUUCCGUAUGUGGGGAUGUUUGUUGAUUCUGGAGACUACGCGGCAUGUUUCGAUGAUCACAAUCACUUUGUCGAAGAAGGAGCUCGAUACAUCCUCUACAGGGUAAACUCUAACCCUGGAGAUCAUGUUAGUUUCGGGUUAAGAAGGUAUCAACCUCCUCUCCCGAUUGAACAAGUGAAACCAAUAAUGAAUGAAAUCGAAGAUGAUGGCGAAGGAUCACCGAUGAUACGAGGUAGAGGGCGUGGUAGAGCGAGAGGAAGAGGGCGAGUCAAUUACAACAGUGUAGGAGACUAUAACGACGGUGAUGGUUGGGAUGGUGGGCAUAGCUAUGAAGUACGAGGGCAAGGCCGAGCAAGAGGUGGUCGUUUCUUCCGAGGGCGUGGAAGAGGAAGAGGGAGAGGCUAUGGUGGUGGUCAGCAAGGAGGAGGGUACUAUGACAACUAUGGUGAACCUGAAACAUAUGUGCCCCAAAUUCGUGGACGUGGGAGGGGGAGAGGCCGUGAACGUGGUGGUGGUCGCAGUAGCUACACGAGACUCAAUGGUCCGGUCCAAGCAUCAGCAGCCUGAGGUAGACACGGUAUAAACCAGUUCGUUUCGCGAACGUAGUAGUUUUGGUGGGUGCUCUGCUCUCUGCUCUCUCUCUGCUAUGAACAUCUGCCAUGGGAUGUUUUUUCUUCUGGUGAAGCGAAUGUCUCCCAUUUUACAAUGGUGCUUGCAGUUUUUGCCUCUUGUUUUUUUUCACCCUCUUCUUCUUCCUUUUAGAGCAAGGCAGCAGACAGAAGAAAAACUUGUACAUCUUCAUUUUUUCUUUUAUCAUCUUUGUGGAAAAUUUUCCUUAGGAAUAAUAGAUAAGAGCAGUUGGUAUAUCAAUUCUUUUCAUGAACA